CGUGGCGGGGCGGGGCCGGAUUUCCGGUUCCGGGUCCAACAAGCAGAACACUUGCUGCUGGGUUACGGAGCGCCUGAGAAGCUGGCUUGGAUCAGGGCCGCCAGGCCCCCCCAGCGCGCCAUGGCCCCCAAAGACGGCAGCUGAGCCGAGGCCGGACUGCGCUGGACCCGGAGCCCUCCGGCCGAGGCGGCCAUUUCGCCCCCUCCCGCUGCUGACCCCCUUGGGCCUCAGUUUUCCCCCUUUGCCAACAUGCGGGUGGCGGCGCAAUGCCUUUGCCUUCUGGUCCGGGGCUCCUCCGGGCAGCCGAUCCCCCUCUGAGAAGGCCUGCCCGACCCCACCCCACCCCACCCCGCCCCGCCCAGCAGGCAGCCACCUCCUGCGCCUACGACUCUCUUUCCCUCCCUCCCCCCCUCCCUCCCCUCAUGGCUGACGACUGGCUGGAUUGCCCCACGCUGGGCCCAGGCUGGAAGCGCCGGGAAGCCUCCCGGAAAUCGGGGGCCACCUGCGGCCGGACGGACACCUAUUAUCAGAGCCCCACUGGAGAGCGAAUCCGAAGUAAGGUGGAACUGACCCGCUUCUUGGGCCCCGACUGUGACCUCAGCUGUUUUGAUUUCAAACGUGGGGUUCUACAGUAUUUGCCCACCAAGGUGUCUCCUCCAAAGAAGAAGAGGCCAGCCCGGCUGGAGAGCCGCCCUCUGGAGCCCCCAGGAACCCCCACCGCCUCGGCCUCCAGGGCCCAACCCAAAUGGUGUGAAAAGUGCGGCGCCCGAAUGUCGGGGGACAGUGCCCGUCGGCAGCGCCUCAGGUUUCUGUGUAAAGGCUGCCGAGCCCAGAGAAAUGCCUUCAACCGGGAGCAGAGAAUGUUCAAGAGAGUGGGCUGCGGCGACUGCAAGGCCUGCCGGGUGACUGAAGACUGUGGUGCCUGCCCUGCCUGUGUUGCACAGCUGGCCCAGCCUGGUGGCUCUCAGCUUCCUCGAAGCCAGUGUGUCCAGCGCCGCUGCCUCAAGAUUGUCAAUAAGACCUUUGGCUGUGGUCUCUGUUCUGGCUGUCAAACCAAGGAAGACUGCGGGACCUGCCGAAUUUGUGAGCGCAGAGGGAGGCCGGGCCUCAAAAGGCGAUGGAAAUGCCUUCAGCGGCGCUGCCUCAGGAGUCAGAUGAAGAAGAAACCCAGAGGGUUAACUGCCAGGAAGCACCCAGGCAGGCGGCGCCGAGGCCCAGUGCCACCGCUGCUGCCCCCACCCCAUUCUCCAGCUGAAGCUGUUGGCCCUUCAGGCACUGCUCAGCACUACUCCAGCCGACGGCAGAACCGCCAUUGUGGGGCAUGUGCCACAUGCCUACGCCUUGUGGACUGCAGCCAGUGCGACUUCUGCCAAGACAAGCCCAAAUUUGGGGGCUGUAACCAAAAGCAUCAGAAGUGCCGGUGGAGGCAGUGCCUUCAGUUUGCCAUGAAACGACUGCUACCUUCAGCCAGGUGGGACAGCCCUGCUGUAGAGGGGGCAGCUGCACCUCUGUGCUGGCCACGCCAUAGGAAGGGUACCUUGCUUAACCAGGCCUGCCAGCCAGGUUGGCCCAAAUCUGGGGGCCAGAGGCUGGUUUCUGAGGCACUCAGCAGUGACCUCGAGGAGUAUGAGCGCCCAGGCCUUGGGGCCCCGGUGAAGGAGGAGGUGGAGGGUUACGAGGCCCAGACUCCUGACACUCUUUCCUCACCCCCUGGAGGCUCCUCUCCUAGCUUCCCCAGCAAGGGAGCUAAUCAGGUGCAGCUCCAGCACUCUCCAAAACAAGAAGGGGAAGGGGAAGUCGAGGCAGCUGCUAGCACUCCUGUGAUCAUGGAGAUUUACAGUUUGAGUGGAGCUAUUCCGGCAGUGGCAGCGGAGCCCUGUGGAGGCCUAGACAGUGUCCUGCAGGAGUUUCUGGUGGAGCUGAAUGAGUUGCCCUUGCCUGCCCACUGGGAGGUCCUGCCGCCCAGGGGGCCAGAAUUGUGUAUCACCCAGCGGUCCCCCUUGUCAACGGUGGCCACUGCAGUCAUCCAUAUUCAGGCUGGCCUCUACUUUCACGUGAUGGUGCAGGAUGUCCCUGUGCCACCCACCCAUGAGCUCUACUCAGCCCACCCGUUGCGGCUCACCACUGUGGAUGAGGUCGUUGAGCUCAUCUGCGACCUGGAGGCCUACUGCCUGUGCCCUGGUCGGGGUGCUCAGUCCCCCUACUGCGCUGUCCUCGUGUACCAGGGCAUUUGCGAGGCCUGCAGCCUUAGGGAGCAGCACUGAGCGCCCUACUGCGCUGCAUAGGAGUCCAUCUACACUGGAAAGACCAAGGGGAGGAUGGACUGUUCUGAGGAUCCCCACUUGCUCCUGAGAGAACUGUGUCCCUGUUGUCUGCAGGGCCAGAAGCCAAAGCAUUGGCUUUGUGUACCUUUAUUUUUCUAAAUAAAUAAACUGGUUACAACGCUCA